UUUAAAAAAAGGAGUGUUCAGGCUCCCAGGGCUUAUUUCAUGUGUUUUACAUGAUGUCAGACACCAAAAUGAGAACUUACCGGAGGCACCUGAAUGCAUCACUUCCACGCAAGCCUCACGUCGUGUAUUUGUCGGUGAACCGCGACACCAAGCGGACAAAAAGGUGAUUCACGGGAGUUUAAAAUAAUGAAGUGCGUAACAAACUAUCCUCCCUUAGUUGGUGUGUAAAGUUCGUCAUGGACGGAGGCGAAUCUGUUGUGAUUACAGGCUUUGGACCGUUCAGACAGUUCAUAGUGAACCCCAGCUGGAAAGCAGCCCAGGGGUUGAAGUUGGUCGGUUUGGGGGAGGGCACUGAUGUUUACAUCAAGGAGGUACCAGUGAGUUAUGUAAAGACUCAGCAAAUCAUUUCUGAGAUUUGGAAAACUCUUCACCCAAAGCUUGCUGUGCAUCUGGGCGUAGCCAGAGGCUCCAGUGUUGUCAUCCUGGAACAAACCGCGAAGAACAGUGGAUACAGAGAUAAAGAUGUGUGCGGCUUCUGUCCUGCGAGUCACUGCUGUCUGGAAGGAGGACCAGAGAAACUGGACUCGGUCAUUAACAUGAGGGAUGUGUCCAAACAGUUCAAGAAAACUGGGAUGGAUGUCAUAUAUUCAAGAGACGCUGGCAGGUACCUGUGUGAUUUUGCAUAUUACUGCUCGCUGUAUCAUGGUCAGAGGAGAGCAGCCCUCAUCCAUGUGCCCUCAUCUGGCAGCCUGGCCUCAGCUGACAGACUGGUACCUCUGCUCCAGAGCCUCAUUCAGAUCAUGCUCGACCAGCUGGAGGACCCUUCAGAUAGGCUAAAGGUGGAUCUUCUAAGAAUGACAUUUCACACCUGCGUGGCCUCAGUGGGAAUGAAGUAG